AUGAAUAGCGGUGGUGGUGGUGGUGGUCCGGACGAUGUCGUCGCCGUCGCCGCGCUCAUCGAUGAGUUGAAGUCGGAAGACGUGCGAUUGCGCCUGAAUUCCAUCAGCCGUUUAUCGACGAUUGCGGCCGCGUUAGGCCCGGAACGAACGAGGAACGAAUUGGUCCCUUUUUUAGUGGACAUGAACGACGACGACGACGAGUGUUUGAUGGCGGUGGCGGAACACAUUCCAUCGCUGGUCACCUCAGUCGGCGGGGAUGAGUUCGUUCACGCGCUGUUGCUACCUUUGGAGAGUUUAAGCACGGUGGAGGAAACCGUGGUGAGGCAAAAAGCGGUGGAAGGUUUAGUCAAAGUCGGCGAGCGAUGCGAUCGCGCGAGCGCGAUGGAACAUUUUUGCCCUUUGGUGAAACGAUUGGCCACCGGGGAGUGGUUUACGGCUCGGGUGAGCGCGUGUGGAUUAUUCGCGUGCGCGUUGGAAAAAGUGAGCAGUAAUGGUAACGGGGGCGAAGAGGAGAAGAAGAUGAUUGCGCAGUUGAGGAGUUUGUUCGGGCAGUUGUGCGACGACGAGACGCCGAUGGUGAGAAGAGCGGCGGCGACGAAUUUGGGAAAGGUGGCCGAAGCGAGCGUGGAGGAUAAGCAGUUUAUCAACGACGAGGUGUUGAAUUGGUUCGGGAAGUUAACCGCGGACGAGCAAGAUUCUGUGAGGUUAUUGGCCGUGGACGAUUGCGUGAGUUUAUCGAAGUUGGUGAGCGAGGAGGAAAGGUUGAAGAGCAUCGUUCCCGUGGCGUUGAAGUUUAGUUCGGACACGUCCUGGCGAGUGAGGUACGCGGUAGCGCAACAGAUUUACGAGUUGUGUGAGAUUAUUGGCGCUGAUUUUGCGAGGGAGGAUUUGUUUCCAGCGUACGAGAACUUAUUGGAAGACGCGGAAGCGGAGGUGCGCAUCGCGGCGGCGGCGAAGGUGAGCAAAUUUUGCGCCUUGGCUGGACCGGAAAGAAGCAGAGAAAAUAUCAUCCCGAGAGUUCGCGAGCUCGCGAAAGAUGCCAGUCAACACGUUCGAGCGGCGUUGGCGUCGGUCGUCAUGGAAUCCGCGCCGACUUUAGGAAAAGAGGAAACCGUGAAUCAACUCUUGCCAAUCUUUUUGGUGUUGUUGAAGGACGAGUUUCCAGACGUGAGACUAAAUGUCAUCGGUAAAUUAGACCAAGUCAACGAAGUCAUCGGCGUGGAUACGCUUUCCAAAGAACUUUUGCCCGCUAUUAAAGAUUUAGCUGAAGAUCGACACUGGCGCGUGAGAUUGGCGAUUAUCGAAUACAUUCCGAUUUUAGCCACGCAAACCGGCGAGAGUUCGUUUUUGUUUUCGAAAGAGGCGAGCACUAGCGAUAGCGAAAAUAAUAGCGCGGAAGAUGUUUUGAAUUCCUUGUGUUUGCGAUGGCUCGCGGAUCCGGUUUCCAGCAUUCGUCAAGCGGCUGGGCAAAACUUGCAAAAUUUAACCGCCUUGUUCGGUUCCGCCUGGGCGAAAGAACACGUCAUUCCUAAACUCGAGUCGUUGUUACAAACGGAGAAAAAUUAUUUGGUCAGAGUGACGGUAGCGUCGACUUUAGGGAUGUUGGCGGAGAAAGUAGACGAGGGGGAUAUUACGGGAACGCUAUUUCCGAUUGCAAAAGCCGCCGCGGCGGAUUCAGUGGCAAACGUACGAUUUAAUAUUGCUAAAUCGCUCGAGAAGAUGGCGAAGAGCGUGAGCGCAGGGAGCGCGAUUAGAACAGAAAUCUUGGAAGUUUUGGACGGUUUAAAAGCAGACGCUGAUGUGGACGUGCAGUUCUACGCGUCCGAGGCUAGAAAUGCAUUUUGA